CUUUAUUUUGAAGUGAUUGUCAAUCUAAAUUGCUAUAAUGGAUGAACCUGAUGCCACCGAAGAAGUUGAAGUCGAAGAAACCCCAUCAGAAAAAACCGAACGUAAAGUUGUAAGAAAUGCAAUCGAUUUACAACGAAUUAAAUUGGAGAAAUUAAUGAAAAAUCCUGAAAAGCCUAUUAUUAUUCCAGAAACCCCUAAAGAAAAAGAUUUUGUAUACUCUGUUCCAACAUUUGUUCGUAAUGUAAUGGGUUCAUCAGCUGGAGCGGGGUCCGGUGAAUUUCAUGUUUACAGAAAUUUACGUCGAAAAGAAUAUGCUAGGCAAAAGAUGAUUGAAGUAAAAGGUUAUAAAGAAUCACUAGAUCAACAGUAUAGGGAUAAAAUUGAAAAAAAUCGUUUAGAAGCAGAAGCUAAAACUGCAAAGAAAAGGGCUAAGCGGUUAAAAAGGAAAGAAAAACAGAAAAUGAAUAAAAAAAUUAAAAAAAGCUUAGACCCGAUUCAAGAUGACAUAGACGAACACAGUGAUGAAUCCGAGAACAGUAAUGAUGAGAAUGAGCAAAAAGAAAAUGACAAUAAUACCGAUAAAAUUUCAAAUGAAGAUGAAAAAUUGGAGUGUUUAAAGACAGAAAAAGAAACUAUAAAUUUAGACGAUAAUUUAAGUUCAAUUCGUGGAAAAGAAACUAAAAAAGUUGAAGAAAAAAUAGAAUUGGAAAAUCAAAGUGAAAUUGGUUCUAAAGUUAAUUCCAAGUCCCAGCAAAAAGAUGCAGUGAUAAUUAAAGAAAAACAAAUCGAAACAAGUGUAUCAAAGGAAAAUACUUUAGAUAAAUUACCUGAACGCAAAACGAAGCCUGAAGAAGAAAGAGAAAUCCAAUCUGAUGAAAUUUUAGAAAAGGUCGAAAGUCAAUCAACUAAAAAUUGUGAAAAUCUUGACAUGAUAAAAAAUGGAUCUGAAACUGAGUCAGCAGCAAAAACUGAAGAAUUUGCAAGCUAAAACGUUUUCAAAUCUUUUCAUUUAUAAAUUUUGAAUGGAGAAUAAAAACUAAAGUAAAAUAAUUUGUAAUUUAUGAGUUUUAUU